AUGCAUUGGCCUUUUUAUAUUAUCAGGCCUCGCGGUUCUGCAGCAGCAGAGCGACUUUGGAGCAGACGAGAGGAUACCUUGGAUUUGUUUGACGCUGCCAGACGAUUAGCAGAGCAGAGGUGUCGCAUGCUGAGGAGAGGCCUUGAUCCCGGGUUUGCCAACGGACCUGAAUUUUGUCUGAGGAAGAAUGUCAGCAGACGCAAAUCACAUUCCCGAAACCAUGUGACAGAUCUGUCAGCCAAUCACAACUCUGUGUUCCAAUACCCAAUCAUCGACAAGAAACAGACAGUACCAUGUGAAUCAGACAAAGAGGUUUUGUUCCUGUGCUUCAUGACUCCAGUGUCCGUCUUCGUUGAGAUAUUCCUAAUAUGUUUGCACAGAAAGAGACGAAUGUUACGGUGCUGACGAUGCUGAACUUGUUAUUUGGAUUUGGACUACAAUUCUAUAAAUGU